AUUGGUGCUCCUCUUAUCUCGCCGCGCCGCCACCGCUCCAUUUCCGCUCCCCCAGCCCCCCCAAAAGAACCUCGUAACCCUACUCGCGGGAUUCCGCAGGCCGCCGCUUGCUUAGGGUUCAUCACUCCUGUUCACACCCGAUGGCCGUGGACGAGGCGAGCAGCAGUGGCGGUGGGGAGGAGGGGUGCGGGUCGUGGACCCGCGAGCAGGAGAAGGCGUUCGAGAACGCGGUGGCGACGAUGGGCGGGGAGGAGGACGGGGACGCGAGGUGGGAGAAGCUAGCGGAGGCCGUCGAGGGGAAGACGCCGGAGGAGGUCAGGCGGCACUACGAGCUGCUGGUGGAGGACGUCGACGGCAUCGAGUCGGGCCGCGUCCCGCUUCCGGCGUACGCGGCUGACGGCGCUGCCGAGGAAGGGGGCGGUGGCGGGAAGAAGGGAAGUGGCGGAGGAGGGACCCAUGGGGACAAGGGGUCGGCGAAGUCCGCCGAGCAGGAGCGUAGGAAGGGCAUCGCCUGGACAGAGGACGAGCACAGAUUGUUCCUCCUUGGACUUGAAAAGUAUGGCAAAGGUGACUGGCGGAGCAUCUCGCGGAACUUUGUGAUCUCAAGGACGCCGACUCAAGUAGCUAGUCAUGCACAGAAGUACUUUAUCCGUCUGAACUCAAUGAACAGAGAAAGGCGGCGAUCAAGUAUACAUGACAUCACCAGUGUGAACAAUGGAGAUCCAUCAACUGCACAGGGUCCAAUCACAGGCCAAACAAAUGGUCAGGCUGCAAAUCCUGGAAAACCAUCUAAGCAAUCCCCGCAGCCAGCGAAUACACCUCCAGGCGUCGAUGCUUAUGGCACAACAAUUGGACAGCCAGUUGGUGGCCCCCUUGUCUCAGCUGUUGGAACUCCCGUUACACUACCUGUUUCCGCUCCACCUCAUCUGGCCUAUGGCAUGCGUGCCCCGGUUCCAGGAGCCGUAGUACCUGGUGCUCCAGUAAACAUUGCUCCGAUGCCCUAUCCAAUGCCACCCCCACCAUCUCAUGGGUGACAGGGUGAGGGACACAUUUCAAAUGCUGUGUAGCGUCUAAACAAACCCAUAAUCUCCCCCUAUGCCAGCAUUUUGCGGGUGUGCUGCUAUGUCUCAAUAAAGCAAUGCCAAUAAACCCUUGUACAUUACAAACUGUUGUUACAUGUUGCAUUGAGGACAUUGCAGAUUGUGUACUUUGUGUUGCAUGCAAACUUUUCAUGUACAUCUCCAAAAUCCAAGUGUUUCUCGUUAUGGCAGCUUGUACUUCAGUCAGUACC